AUGGAUGUCACUAUCAUCCUUCGUUCCCGAGACGACUGCGGUGGUAGAGUUACUGCCGAGGUCCUCUGUUUCGCUCUGUGCGCGAUCAACGAUGUCCUUAUUCGGAGAGCGCUGAGAGGUGCUUGGUCCCACAGAAGUGCGGGUUUCCUCGACUUGGGCUGUGAUUUCCUUGAGCUCCGGCAUGUGAUUAAUGGGAAGACUCUACCGCUCCCCUUGCGUGCCAAAGUCACCUUUUUGUGUGGUAGUCGGUGGCAUCUUGCUCUUAGUCUUGGGCGCUUCGGGAGACGCGACCAGACUAGUUCUUACGGGUAUCUUAGAGACCGCUUGCUUGGUUUCUGUGGCUAUGUUAAGCGCGAUACCCCUUGA